AAUCGAUUAAUUGGGCAAUAAUCCAUCUCCACGUUCAUUCACACUGCAACCCGGAUCUUCAACGCUUCGGCAGCCGCCAUUUCUCGAUGAACUCGUCGGAGAUGACAGAAAUGUUGCCCGAAAAUGGCUAGAAUUUAAGAAUCUUGAUGUAUUUUGAUGUUUCGGUCUGUAAUUUAAUUUCAACGGACUUGACAAGUCGCCCCGACGCUGGCUAGGCGGAAGAUUUGGAAGAUCAGAUGAGUACAGAGGAGGGGGCUCCUGGUAUAACCUCAAGUAUUGUGUCUCCCUCAUCUUCGUCCUCGGUCUCCACUAGUCGCGUCAUCAUGGAAGGGGGUGGAAUUUCCCCAGAAAACGUCAUCCAUGUCAUCAACCCGUCCAGCCUCGGGAGUUUGUCCAGCGUGGUUAACGCGGUUUCUUCCACGGCGGCGGGCGGUAUGUCUGGCCUGCACACUAUUACAAUAGCGCCUGGCUCCUUCCCGAUUCCUGUCAACUUUGCGUCCAAUUUACAGGCCUCCACUAGCACUGCAAGUACUAACGGUAGCAGCGGGCAACAGAUCCUGAUGGCCCCGCCCGAGCUAGCAGCCAAGCUGAAGGAAGGGGCCCUACCCACACAAGUUAUACAGGUGCCUAAUGCCAAUCUGGCUUCCAUAGACUGGGCUGUAAAACUGAAGGAACUACAACACAAUCAGAGACUGGAGCGACUGAGGGAUGAACAAAACUUAAUCCGAGAGAAGGUCCAGAAAGCGUCAUUUGAGAGCAAGUUUGAGCCGUGUGUCGUGUGUGGAGACAAAGCCUCUGGUCGACAUUAUGGCUGCACAAGUUGUGAAGGGUGUAAGGGGUUCUUCAAAAGAAGCAUCAGGAAACAGCUGGGGUACGCGUGCCGUGGAAACAAAGACUGUCCGGUCAACAAACCCCACAGAAAUCGGUGUCAGUACUGUCGGCUCCAGAAGUGCCUGGCCGUGGGCAUGAGAGCGGAAUCUGUACAGCAAGAGAGGAAGCCUCCAGAGAAAGAACAGCGACCACAGUUCCCUGCGACGGUGGCCACAUCUACACAGAAAAUCUACAUCCGCAAAGAUCUCAGCAGUCCCUCGGCAUCACUUCCUACAUUUGCAGGCAAAUUAGAAGACGCUGGUGCUCAGAGAACGGCCAGUAACUUGUUGGCGAAUCUCCAGGAGAGAAUUGUCCACACAGAUCAGGGUAGUGUCAUCAUGGGAGGGGCAGUGCCCGCCUCCACCACAACAGAUCUGAGUACAUUGGCCAAUGUUGUCACUACGUUAGCCACAAUGAGCAAGAAUGCGGAGGAGGAUCAGAGCCCGUCUAACGGCGACACGGGACUAGGAGGCGACACGUCAAACAAUGCCGCGAAGGCCUUCGACACACUGGCUAAAGCUGUCCAGCCUCAGCCCUUGGACCAGUCCUCUCUGUGUGACAGUAGUCUGGAUCAGUCCUCCCUCAGCAUGGAUCUCGGCUCCGAGUACAACCGAGAUAGCUCCAUCGUAGUCGAGGUUGACGGCCCGGUGCUGACUCAGCAGAAUUUUACCUUCAACCUGACCACCCCCUCGCCCAUGCCGGCGUACCUGAACGUGCAUUACAUCUGUGAGACUGCUUCCCGCCUCCUGUUCCUGUCCAUGCACUGGACACGCUCCAUUCCCGCGUUCCACGUUCUAAGCCAAGAGGUGCAGACGAUCUUGGUGAAGUCGUCCUGGAGCGAGCUGUUCACCCUGGGCCUGGCUCAGUGUGCCCAGUCCAUGUCUCUGUCCACCAUCCUGAUGGCCAUACUGAACCACCUACAGACUGCGCUCCAACAAGACAAGAACUCGGCGGAGCGUGUGAAGCUGGUGAUUGAUCACAUUCUGAAGCUUCAGAACUACAUCCAAUCACUGGAGGCCUUACAGAUAGACUCGGAGGAGUUCGCCUAUCUGAAGGCCCUAGUCCUGUUCUCUCCAGAUACUCCAUCUUUGCCCAAUGCCCCACAGAUUGAGAGGGUCCAAGACAGAGCUCAGCGGGAGUUGGCCAAUCACGUUCGACAGACCCACCCCUCUAAUCCUGACCGCCUAGCCAAACUAUUGCUCCGCCUCCCCGCCCUUCAUUCUCUCAGUCCCAGCGUGAUGGAGGAACUGUUUUUCGCCGGCCUGAUCGGCAGUGUUCAAAUUGACAGCAUAAUUCCUUACAUUCUCAGAAUGGAGACCGCCGAAUACAACUCACAGAUGGCGGGGCAGGGCCUGCAGGGGGCAGCUGAGGGGACAGGGUUGGACUCCACCCCCACGGGGUCCAUGUUGUUUGCCUCUCCUCAGAUCACGACCGCUCAGAUGACUUCGGAGGCAAUUUCAGCACUACAGACAUCCAUUGCGACAACAUAACAGCAAGGUUUUUUUAAAUGGAGCAUUUUUUUUUUUUACAUUGACAGAGAUACAUGAAGGGAAUGAAGAAUGUUCAUGAAAAUCAAAAAACGAAAAAAAAUAAGGAAGAAAAAAAAUUAUUUUAAAGGAGAGGAAUUACAUCAUCCAACUGUUGUUAGAGAGUUGUUGUUUGUUAUUUGUUAAUUAUUGAGAGUUUAAAACAUUCGAGACUCAAUGUGAUAUGUGGACGGAAGCUUCAGUGAGUUUUCUCCUUUUGGAGAUAGACUUACGGCAGUUUGGAAUUUGUUGUUUUUUUUUUAAGAAAAAAAAAUUGUGGAUAGAUAGAGAGAUUGUCCCUGUAUCCAACAGUGGAUUUGAAUCGGCCAUGUUGUUCUCUGAUAUGCAUUGGCAGACGCAUUUGUGUAAAAAAAAAAUUAUUUUACAUACAACAUGUACAAGACAUAGAUGAGGUGUAAUCUCUGUGGGAUCCAUUUCAUCUUUUCUCAUCAUCAGCAUAGAUGUGCCGUUUAUUGCAUUUCAAAAUGUAACAGAAUUUCACUCAUCUUGAACCUGUUGGAUUUAUCCAUGUGUAAUUCAUUACCGUAUGCUGUUGGUUUUAAUAUUACAUCAGUUUAGUGCUACUCAUUUGUGAAAUACAACACAUUUUUAUCUAAAGAAUUCUUUUCCUGUAAAAGACCUAGAUGUGGGAUGAAGAAAAUUGUCUUCAUUCCUGGAAAAUGAAAAAAAAAAUUCUUUCAUCCCAUCACCAAACGCUAUUAAAAUUUAUGUACAGUUCCAAUUUAUUUGCUCUGUGACAAAGACCAAAAACACACAAAGAAUAUUUUAGUGCUUUGAAACUUUUUUUUUACAGGUCAUUGCAUGUUUUUGGAUUUUGUUGAAUUUGAACUUUUUUUUUUUUUUUUUUUUUUUUUUUAAUAUUCAAAUCCUAUCUUUAUAAAGCAGGACAAUAUUGUUUCAGUGGGAAAAUCCUUUUUAGAAUUGUUUGAAUUUUGUGCUUUUAUUUUGUUCUUGGAUAUAUUUUUUUAAUUUAAGAAAUGUUGUGAUAUAUACGUGUAAAUGUCAAUGAGAACUUGGGAGGGGGGUUUAUGGCCAACGUAAGUGGAAAGAUAUAGGUAGAUUGUUCUCUUCUCUGUGCUUUUAUUUUAUCUGUCUAAGCUGUUGUGUUUUAUAUCUGAUUAGCCAUAUUUGAACAAAAUAUUCAUUGUAUGAAAUACGAUAUUUUCUUGGGCCGCUUAAAUUUUCAAAAUUCCGCUUUUCGAUCAUAUGAAUACUUUCUUCCAUAUUUACAUCAUUUUUAAAUUUUUUUUUCUUCAAUCUAUAGAUUUAGGAUUAAGAUGUUUAAAUGAUGAGUAUUUAUCUUUUUAUUGUUGAGAAAUAUGUUACUGGUUUAUAGUGUGUUGUAAAAGAUUAUGAAGGUGCUAUGACAAUUGAGACAGAUUUCCCAAUUGUUACGAAUAUCAUAUUUCCAAUCUUUGUCAUGAUGUUGUACUGCAAUGUAACAUUUUGUCAUCCCUCGAGUAAUAGUCAAGCAUGCAUUUGGUUACGGCCCUGCAGAAUUGCCCUUCUUUUCUCAUGAUUUUUAAUAACCCUAGCAUCAGCUGUUGUACUGGUUAAUCAAAUUUUAUUUUUUGUCGUACAGGUUAAAUUUUUUAAACUGCAUUCAGCCAUAUGGCAUCUUGACAGUAUUUUGCCCCACUACCUGUCCCCCUCUUAAAAUUCCCCCCCCCCCCUUAAAAUGUUCCAGAAAAAAAAAUGGAAACAAGUUUACUGUGUUGCCAUGGUUAUGUGUUAUAUCGUCAUCAUAUAUGUUUGUGUAAGUAUUUCACAAGUAUUAAUCUGAGGCCAACUUUCUUAUUUCCAUUUGUGUUUUAUAUGUUUCGUACGUGUGUGUGUGUGUGUGUGUUUACGAUCUCUGUUGUCUAUGCGUACAUUUGUAGAGUAGAGACGAUUGUAGCUUCAUGUAUUCUCAUCUAAUGAGUAUAAUCUGGCCUCUGCCUUGGAAAGAAACUACAGGUUCGAUCAAUAUUCGUGACGUGUAUUCUACUUUUUUUUUCAUCUCAUUCCACACAUUUGUUUAUAAUUUUGUAGUAUUUUUUUUUCUAAAAAAAAAAUUAUCUUGGCAUACAAGUAUUUUCAUAUAAAACAUGUCACUUGUUAUUUUGAAAAUUCAGAGUUGUCUUUCCUAUAAUAGAAGUAAAUGGAGGAAAAAGUAAAUCUUUUUAUAUGUAAACAAUCUGACUAAAAGAAAUGCAAAUAUAUCUUUAUUUUACUGAAAGUAUAAGGCUUUCUCUAAAAUUUUAAGUUCAUCAGUAAAAGGGAUUUUCUGAAACCUUUAUAUUCCGGAUAUUGGAGACAGAAAAAAGGGGGGGGGGUCGAAAAAUUACUAUUAAUAAUUCGGUUCACCAAUAAUUCUUGUACACAAGCCUUAGUUUCUUUCCACGGAGAUUUGUUGCUUUCUAUAUAAUUAUAUAUGUGCAUGUCUGUGAAACAGAAUUUUCUUAAGAGUUUGAAUUCCUUUUACUGCCUAGGUCUGUUUGACAGGCCGCUACAAUGAGAUAACUUAUAAUGGACUCGUCGCCAUUGUCAAGUGGGCUUCUCCCGUUUUCUUUUUUGUUUCUUUUUUGCUUUGUUUAUAGAACAAAUACAUGUAUGUCAUACCGUAUAAAUCAACUAGAUAAAAUUUGGAAAGUGGUGGUAUUACUACUAUAUUUCUUCUUCUGUUAUUUGGUGAAUAUUAAAAAAAAGUUUGGAAACUUU